AUGAUGACGAGUUUACAACAAGCACAUUCACCAUAUCCAGGUCUUCAACAUCAAGGUGUUCCUCAGGGUCAUAUGGCUGGGAUGCCUCACGCUCAAGGUCAGCAAGGCCAACCAGGCCCAGGUAUGCCUCAGCAGAUGCAUAUGGGGGUCUCUGGACCAGGUGGGCCUCAAGUCACUCAAGCUGGUGCUAUGAUGGCUGGUAUGCCACCUGGAGCUGGCGGACCAAAUGCACAUGCUUUACAGCAUUUGAAUCCAAAUCAACAGGCGCAAGCAGCAAUGUUCCAACAGCAGCAGAUGAUGAACGCGCAUCCUCAGUUGAUGCAACAGCAAAUGUUGGCACAACAGCAAGCGGCCAGACAACGUCAGGUCCUAAUGCAACAACAAUACAGUGGUGGGAUGCCAAAUGGAAUGCCAAUGAAUAUGCAUGGGAUGAAUCCAAACCAAAUGAACGCUCAAUUUGCCAUGCGACAUGGUACCCCCGGAUUGGCACGCCCAGUAAAUCUACCACAACAUCUUGCGCAGCAACAACAAAUGGCUCAAGAUAACGUUAAUCAACAACAAGCACAUCAACAGAUGAUGCUGGCAAUGCAACAACAAAAUGCCCAAAACCAUGGACCAAAUGGUCAAGCAGGACAUCCACAAAUGACGCCCCAGCAAAUACAACAAUUCCAGCAACAGCAUCUCGCCCAACAACAGCAGCAUCAGCAACAACAACAGCAGCAGCAGCAGCAGCAGCAACAGCAGCAAGCUCAUGCUCAGGCUCAGGCUCAAGCAGCACAAGCUCAGGCACAAGCUCAGGCUCAGGCUCAGGCCCAGGCUCAAGCUGUUUCUCAACAAAACCAAAAUCAAUCACAACCUCAGAGUCAACCACCUCAGUCAGCCUCAACGCCUCAGUCUCAACCACCACAACCACCAGCAAUACAAGCUCAGCAACCGCCGGGAGCGCUUCAGCAGCAACAGCAACAGCAACAGCAGCAGCAGCAACAACAGCAACAGCAACAGCAACAGCAACAGCAGCAGCAGCAACAACAGCAACAUCAGCAACAGCAGCAACAACAUGCUGCCGCAAUGUUACAACAACAGCAACAAGCGGCAAGGCAGGGUGAUAAAUUAAAAGGGCAAUGUCUGAUGCGAUUAGCGCAAUUUAGUGAUCAUCUCAGUGGCUUUUGCAAGGUUACUAAGCCGUUAUCUGCUUAUAUGGCGAAUGGUACCCCACGGCUGAUUGCUGAGGCCGCAAAACAAAAAGAUGAUUUGGGAUAUUGGGGAAGCUUUGUGGAUCGGUUCUUCUCACGGGCAGGAGUUUUACGUCAUUCCGUAUUCGUUACCGAUGAAAAUUCAAACAAGCAGUACGAGAUAACAUCUCCCGCGCUUCCGAGAUAUUUCCAUACCCAUUUCGAAAGUGGCAUCAAAAACAUGCAGAUGAUAUUGGAGAAAGGAACUGAAAAGGAAUUGCCGCUCAAUGCUCACUAUAUUGAAAGUCAAACCUCAAGCUUCGUUUACUGGUUUGACAAUGGCUCUCACUUGGUUGCCAAUGGUACACUACGUGCUCAUUUCGAUGGAGAGCAAAAGCUCGAGCUACUUGACUUCGUGACUAGUAAUCACGAAGAAUAUGUUCCGCGUAGCAUGGCUUUAGAAGCUGCAAGGCCACUUCAUAAUUGGGGAAAGGAAUGGAAGACCAUGAAUACUGGAUCAGAUGGCAAACCAUCGCCUGAAAUGAACAAGAAGAAGCAAAAGAUGAUGAAGUCUCCACCAAAUGCCCCUCCUGAUUUCGAUCUACCAGAAACGAAACUGAAAGUCAAUUUUGGAAUCACUCCUGCAGUGUUUCGUUAUCUUGAGCUUGUCGAGGUUUUGGGUCAAAUGAACCCUCUAUUCCAGUUCUCGCAUUCAAAUCCAGGACUUUCGCCAUAUGACGCCUUGGAUUCCAAAAUCCUUCUGGCCCACGGACACCGGGGAUGA